AGUGUCCAGGCAUCCCGUGAGUGUGUCCAAAGGAGUAGAGAAGGUGAGGCGAAGAUGGUAUCCAGUGUGAGGGUAUGGAUGUAUGGGAGGAACUACCCGCCGCCACCGACACCCAACGAGCCUGGGCCUACUCGCCAUCGAGCGAGGGAAGAAGUGCCAUCUAGAGAGAGAGAGAGAGUGAGAGAGAGCAACCCAGGCACCACCGAGCCAGCCGCCCCGACCCGAGGCACAGUGCCACACGAAGCAACUAUUGAUUACCUUUGCUAUUGAUCUUUUCCAGGGGUAAAUUGUGAGAGAGGUUGGUGGGCGGUAGUAGACUGUUGGCAGGCACUCUGAGGCAACCGUUGCCUCUACUGCUUCUCCUCCUCCUCCUCCUACCACCACGCACUCUCACUCACUGCCAGCCAGAUAUUGAUCCAUUGAUUUUCCUGCCCUGGCACCGUCUAUUUUAUUUCCACAUCAUGCAGUUCUCAGUCCGCGCCGACCCACCGCCAGGCUCGCCACCAGCGCGGCGCGUACACACUUAAACUCGGCGUGACACUACCGUAGACUUUGUCUCUAAAUUGAUCGCGUGCCGGCGCGUUAACCCACACGAGUGUCGCGGAGAUGUUCCCCUUGGCGAGGACGGGCUAGGCCGCUUGCUUCUGCCACAUUGAUAUGUUGCAAUAAAUAAAUAUUAGUUGCAACUCAGUAUUAUCAUUGCAUUUUUUACAUUUUGUGCCCUGGUCACAAAAUUACGUGUGUACACCGUCUACUAAAUUAUAUAUUAAACAAUUGCUCUUAACUAUGUGAUAUUAGUGACAAGUUUCUUGUUAAGGCAGUGAAAUGGCAGAGUGUGUUUUAGAAAAUUUUAGAAAAUUCCCAGAAAAAUGAGUGUAUAAGUGAUGUACGCGAAAGUGUAAAUAUAGAAAAAAGUGUGUUUUUUUGUGUGUGUGUAGUGUUGGUGAUAGUGCCACCACGAGAUGCUCCCAUCCUCCCCUCGCACAUAGCCUGGCUCUCACCCAUGUUUCCCUUCUUGAUUCCCCACAUGGUGUCGUCGGGCGUCAGAAUGGCCAUGUCCCCCCAACAGUUCUGCCUCCGGUGGAACAACCACCAGUCUAACAUCAUCUCGGUGUUCGAGCAGCUCCUCCAGAGUGAGUCCUUCGUCGACGUCACGCUCGCGGUCGAGGGCAUGACUCUCAAGGCCCACAAAGUCGUCCUCUCCGCCUGCAGCCCGUACUUCCAGGCUGUGUUGGCGUCACAUCCAGACAAGCAUCCGAUCGUGAUCCUGAAGGAUGUGCGCUAUACUGACAUGCGGGACCUGCUCGACUUCAUGUACAGAGGCGAAGUUUCUGUCGACCAAGACAACCUCUCGGGCUUCCUGCGCGUCGCAGAGUCGCUACGAAUCAAAGGUCUCACCGAGGUCAACGAGAAGAAGAGACUGGAGAACUCCACCUCGGCGUCUUCAGCUUACCUUGUGCCUCAGGCCAUGGCAGGGGCUGCCCCUCCUGGGGUGGCGCCUGGAGUUGUGCCUAUGGCACCCCUAACGCCGCUCGCUGGCGACCCGCCACCACUUAAGAGGCCGCCACUUUCACCCUCAGCCACUUACGGCGCCAAGAGAAGGCGCGGUCGGCCGCCUAAGAUUUCCGGCGAAGAGUCUGAGGGUGAGGUGGGGUCGGUAGCCGGGUCAUUGUCGGCGGCGGAAGGCGAAGAUACUCGAAGCGAAGCAGAGGUUAAGGUGGAGGUAGAGGAGGCCAAGGAGUGCCCAGAGCCCGAUGACCUGACCAAGGAAGCUGACACCAAGAGUGGGGAAUCUACUCCAGGACCAUCGGGAGAGAGCCAGGGCAAAGAGGCGACGAGGUUGCAACAAGACGACCAGGAGAACACUAGGGAGUCGCCAGGUUCAGAGUGGCGCGUCAGGAUGUGUCGCUCCAGGGAAACAUCCACUGUCAGGCCACGCCCAUCGCCAGGUCCUCGGGCCCUAUCAAGAGCUACAUCCUGUGGGAGGGACUCGACUCGAGGGCGGCCUGCUGACCCUGUAUGUGGUCGUCAGCCCAUGUCCGACCAGGAGGGUGUUUGUGUGAGUGAAAGUGUCUGUAGCACAGGUAUGGACCCUCUAAGAUCGCUGCCUCCUAUGAUGCCACCUACUUCCAACGCCUUAGUGCUUCCCCCAGGCGUCUCGCUGCUACAGUCUGGUGUCGGACUUCCAGGCCUUGGUGUCGGUGGGGGAGUAGGUAUGGGCGGCAUGAUGGGACUCGGGAGCGGUCCUAGUCUAACUUCUUCGGUAAGCAUCGACCUUCCCGAACCAACAGUGAUAUCGGCAGAAGAGGCCGCCUCAGGGGUUCAGAUGGGCAUCAAGGUCCGAGGGCUGGACCUCAUGCGCUACGGCAGACUUGAAGAUGGUGUAUACAAAUGCAGUGAGUGUGAACGAAUCCAAAUCCCGAAGACCUUCAAGACAUCGUACUCAUUCCAACGACAUGCUUACCUGUACCACGAAGGCCGACCCAAACGCUUUCCUUGUCCCGUGUGUGGGAAAGAGUUCUCCAGGCCAGAUAAAAGGAAGAGUCACCUGAAGGAGAAACACGGACUCUUUCAACCCGAUCCCUCUGAUCAGUCAGAGUUUCCAACUUCCUUAUAGCGACGGCAGACGGCUAGGCCUUCUUGGGAACACUGGGCAGGGUUUGGGCAUUUCAUGGGCAUAGACGGCUUAAUCUAAAUAUUCUAAAUUACACUCACUCUGUUCGUGAGACAUGCUUUCAUUAAAGAUUUCUUAAAGGAAUUAACUUCCUCUCUCUUUUUAAACGUUUAAAAUUACUUUUUACUAACCAAUAUGACCAAAGCGAAGAAAUGUGGAUAUGAAAUUGGCUCUGUAUAACCCAAUUUUCAUAAUCAAUAAUAUUUAAACUAUCAUUCAGUAAUUCAAUAAUUAAACAGAGCAACUGAUUUGUAGUUGCUAAAUAUAUAUUUAAUGUUUCUUGCCAUUACUGUUGUGUAAUGAUACAUAAGCAACAUAUUUCAUAUGAAGUUUGGAGUACAUAAUUUAUAUACCUGAUACCUGAUAGGCACUCUGCGGUACAAAGCAGUUUACAUGUUUAGAAAACUAUACAAAGGCACAUAAAACUGUAGUUAGUCUUAGAGAAGCUGCAACACCUGCUCCACGCUGGCCUAGUCCCUAGCCAACCCUGACAAUUUCACCCUGCGAAUGAGUUUAGUUUCUUAUCCUCGAUACAUAUGCUUUCGAGACCUCCUUCCUUCCCCACACACACAAACAACGUUCGGAGGUAGUAGUCCUCUAAGAGCGCCCCGGGUUCGAUUCCCGGCGAGGCAGAAACUAAUGGGUGUUUUUUUUUCACCUGAUGGACCUGUUCAUCUUGCUGUAAAUUUGUACCUGACAGUUGACAGCUUCUACGGGCUGCAUCCUAACGAUGUGUGCGUGUGUGUGUACUAGAGAAAUAUACGCAGUAAUAUAACGUGUAAUUUAGUACAACGUAAAUUUUAGGGUUGGUGAAUGUUAAUCUUUUUGUCUGAUAACCUGUUCACUUGAGACAAUUAAGCAAGUCCCAGCUCUGUCUGGGUACAAGUGACAGGAUGAAAAACUCACCGGGUUUUCUUCCUAUUGGUGGGUGCCGUACAUUCUGCUAUAGCGGUAUGUUCACUCACAGGAUGAGUGGCGCUGCCCAGUAAACUCGCCCUUCGAGGCAAAUAAAAUAUGGCAGAGAAAAACUAGGUGCGAGUCAAUACAUUAUUCAACCGACGGUCAGAAGGGCGAGUCCAAAAGCAGACAGCUCGAUGCUACAGGCACAUAUAGUAAAUAUGCAUUAUAAAUACACAUAUACACAAAUGAAAUGCACUAGGUAGUGAUUUGGCGGAGGAAGACUCAACAAAUAGUUUAAAAUGAAGCUAUGAUAGAGCCCAAUUGGCUCUCUCAUAGCUACAUGGGAGCCCCAUCAUCGUUCUCCCCAUUAACGCCACCUACAUCUCCCGAUCACAUACGCACGCUAUCCAUACCUUAGACUCUUCCCUCCUUUUCCCACAUUAUCCCAGACUCUCCUUGUUUCCCUAUUCCUGGCCCCUCCCUGCCCUCCCCAUCCCAUAACCAUGCUUCCACCCUUGUCCUGUCCACCCAGGCGCUAGUCAGCUUCUUGAGGGGUUGCAUCCUAGAAGGGUCAAAAUUCGACCCUUGGGGGAGGGGGGGGGGUCCUCGAUAAAAGCCUAACAUGUACUGUAUGUAUAAACUGGCUUACUGUCCCCCGACACAAUGAAUUAUUAUUAUUAUUAUCAUUAAAAAAUAUUUUGAGACAAUACAGUUAAGGCAGGCAUCUGGGAAUCACCAGAACGCGAGUUCAAAUCACCCCAAUGCCUCAAAAUUAUUUUCAUUGAUAUAUCACACCGUUGUAAUAUCAUUGCUAUCUAAGUGGAACUAAUACAGUGAAAAUAUACAGGCGCCACAGGAACUGUGAUGAGGAUUCGAACCUAUAACCUGGAUAUUCCCAGACGCACGCUCUAUUGCUCUAAACCACUAGGCCAGUUACAACUUUGGGUUCUCGUGAACCCAAGAAGGUUCCCACGAGAACCCUCAUGGAUUCUCGUGAGACAUCUCUCUCUCUCUCUCUCUCUCUCUCUCUCUCUCUCUCUCUCUC